AUGUCAGCCAUACAUAGUAAGUCGCACGUUUUCUUGACCCUUCAACACCGAUACGAUAUUCUACGCAAACUGGAAAGCGGUAUAUCACAGUCCGAAUUAGCUAAGGAAUACGGAGUCACCGACGUAACUAUCCGCCGCAUCAAGUCGAAUGCUGUUCAGAUACGUCAACAGUUUCAUAUACGUCAACCUAUACAGAUAUCUGAUGUCAAUGACCAAGAUAAAUCACGAUUGUCACAGUUCGACGAACUCGAUGCUCGUCUGCACACGUGGUUCCUAAAUCGACGAGCAAUAGGCUUCAUCGUCACUGAUCUAUUACUACAAAACAGAGCGAAGGAACUGAACCAAGAACUCUGUGGUCCAUCGUCCUUCUCCGCCUCCAAAGGUUGGCUGUGGAGAUUUAAACGUCGUCAUGGUAUUCGUUACUUCAAACACCACAGAGAGAGAACAUCCGCCAAUGCAGGAACUGCUGAGGAAUUGUCUCAAAUGUUCCUCAGGCGGCUGGAGGAGGAAAACAUAAAGCUACAGAACGUGUAUAACAUGGACGAAACGGGAUUACUGUGGAAGGCUGUCUCGCAAAGGUUGUUGGUCCACGCUGGGGAAAAAGCGAUCCCUGGGAACAAAGCAAAAAAGGAUAGAGUCACUGUUGGCCUCUGUGUUAAUGCAACUGGAACGCACAAGCUUCCACCUAUCUUUAUCAACAGAUACGAAAAACCGAGGGUUCUGAAGCAUUGCAGAGACCAGUUGCCAGUAAUUUUCAAGUCUCAGAAAAAUGCUGUCAUGGACAGGAAUGUGUUUGCGGAUUGGUUGAAAAACCAUUUCAGGCCAGCUGUGAGAAAACAGCAGUUUGAAAAGGGUAUUCGUGGCAAAGUGUUGCUGUUGCUAUGUAAUUCCGAAUGUCAUGCUCUUUCACCGGAAGAUCAAACGCAGGACGAUAAUUUCGAGAUAGUAUUUUUUCCUGCAAAUGAGGCAUCCUACUUACAGCCAAUGAGCCAAGGAAUAAUCGAGACAAUGAAGAAAUCUUACCGCCAUCGCAUGGUGAAGAAGAUCUUGGAAUGUCCUGGAGGAGUGGAAGAAUUUUAUAAGAAUUAUGAUAUUAAGGACUGCAUUAGCAUAGUCAACGAAGCGUGGAUAGAUGUAAAGCAGCUUGAUAUCUGUAAGUCCUGGGAGAAAAUACUGGGAGACAAACCGAUUAUGGAAUUAGAAGCUCUAGGAGACCGGGAGAGCUCUCCUGGUGCAUCAAAUAUUAUCGCUAUCCCUGGAAUAGUACAAACAAUUGCGGAUGAGAACAUUCCCCAACAGGACAUGGAGGAAUCGUUCUCUAGCAGCAGCGAAGCUGACGAUGAUUUAGAAUUGGAGGCCUCUGAUCGUCGCUGCACCGAAGAAACGUGCCUCAGACGAGAGCUGUACAUGGAUAAAGUAGAAAUAAACAGAAUGUUCAUGAAUCUAGUCCUCUGGUCGAAAAAGCAACCAAAGUUCAUUAAGACUCUGGUGCAGUCGUUAAAAAGUUUCCAUGAAUAUACGCAGAGAUGA